AUGAACAGAUUGAUAUCUGAAAAUGGACAACAAAUUUCAUCAAGUGAAAUCAAGAUGAUUGCAUCAAAACAAGACACGGAACACGAUGACUUUCUGAAAAAUAAUUUGUUUUCAAAUAUUGAUGAUGUGUUUGAACCUUUGGAGGAAAAAACGGUUGUUAUUGUUGGUACUGUUAAGGGAAUACGUCAAAACAUACGUUGGUAUUACCUUACUUGUAGCAACUGCAAAAAGUCAGCAAAACAAAAAGAGUCUUCUACUGAUAAGCCUGCUAAUUCGGAUUCAUUCAUGAUUGGUUCUUCAGAUAUUGGUUCCCAAGAGACCAAAGUUGUCAAGGAUUCUUUUUCACAUACAGGUGACAAUUUAACACCUUGUGCUAGGGACAACUCAACUGCAACAAGUCCUACAAAGUUGAUUUCUACACCAACUGAGUUGAAAAGAAACCUUGCUACAUGCAUAGAUCUUGAUGAAAUGGAGAAUUUGUCAACAUCUAAGUCUGCUCGAUUGUCACCACCGGAUGAACAACCAAUGCCUCUUUUGGUCCCCAAGAAAGAAAAGUAA